AUGGCUGGGUUCAGCUGGUACCUUUCUGAAGGCUUCCAAGUUAUUAUUGAGAAGUCGAAGGACGCAAAAUGCUCUCUAAAAGAUAUCCAAUUGCGUUUCUUGUGCCCUGAUGACCUAGAGGAGGUGAGAUCUCUGUGCAGAGAUUGGUUCCCUAUAGAAUAUCCACAGUCCUGGUAUGAGGACAUAACAUCGUCAGAAAGAUUCUUUGCCCUAGCAGCAGUGCACAAAAGUGAGAUUAUAGGCCUUAUUGUGGCAGAAAUAAAGCCUUAUUUGAAACUGAAUGCGGAAGAUCGGGGAAUACUAUCAAGAUGGUUUGCAUCAAAGGACACACUUGUUGCUUACAUACUGUCUUUAGGAGUAGCUCGUUCGUUUCGGCGCUCGGGUGUGGCGACCAUGCUCCUGGACGUCCUGAUCAACCACCUGGCGGGGCCUGUGCCGCAGCCGCCUCAUGAGCACCGCGUCAAGGCAAUAUUCCUGCACGUACUCACAACCAACACAGAGGCUAUACUUUUUUAUGAACACAGAAGAUUUCGUCUGCACUCGUUUCUGCCGUACUACUACUCGAUCAAGGGGCGAUGUAAGGACGGGUUCACAUAUGUGUACUAUGUGAACGGCGGGCACGCGCCGUGGGGCCUGUACGACUACGUGAAGUACGUGGCGCGCGCGGCGUGGCGCGGCGGCGGCCUGUACCCGUGGCUGUGGACCAAGCUCCGCACCGCGCUCACCAUAGCCUGGCACAGGUAG